GGAGGGUAGGGGGAAGAGGGGAUAUUCCGAGGAAGAGAUUCUCCUUGUAUUCCGCCAGACGGCGCGAGGAUCGGAACACGGUUCGGAGCGCACGGAGAGUGAGCUGCUCGCGCGAGCCGUCAUUAUUUUCCUGGAUUUUGUGGUGUACGCGUCGACGGUGUAUUGCGUCAGGAUACGGUGACCGCGCGAGGUGAUCGAUUCUCCCGACGGAGGCGCAGUCUCGACGCGGCGUGUCCGCGGAUCUCCCUCGUCGCUUUCUCUCCUGUCGGUCGAGCCCGACGCGCGAGCCAAACGCACGGUGUGUAAAUACCCCGUUGGUUGAUUUAAAGUGCAGUGAGAGUAAUCAGUGGGAAACCAAAUGGUUGUGCUCGAGGAAGGCAGUAUGCUGACUACUGGACACAAUCAGUAUUUACAACCGGAUUAUCUUUCGCCGCUUCCAACUACGUUGGACGCGAAGAAAAGUCCGUUGGCGCUAUUGGCGCAGACAUGCAGUCAAAUCGGGGCGGAUUCGCCUACAAAAUCGUUGAUCUCGCCUUUGGAAAAGAGCUCGAAGGGUAUGAGCAUCGCCACGAACGCGAAAUCUCCGCCGGCCACGAAAUUGGAGCGCAACACGCGCGGCAGUCCGACGGACGGCGGCAAGUCGCUAGCGUUCAAACCCUACGAGACCAAUGUCGUGACGAAGAAGACCGCGGAUGAGGGUAGGCCCGCAUCCAAAGCCAGUGUGCACAGUGUUAGUGGUCAGGAUAGUGUCAGUGUUAGUGACAGCACGCAUCCCGACAAAAAAUCGUCCGGCAAUCGUACGCCGGUGAGUCGAAAAUCCGCGUCGCCGAGCAGCCAAGCGACGGCAACGACGACCAGCGGCGGCACGCCGUCGGUAGACCGAAAGACCCCGGCCGACCGUGAGAAGACCGACGGUUCACCGCGUAGCAGCAACGGCAGUAGCCACAAUAACAACAGUGGCAGCGGUAGUAACAACAACAACAACAACAACAACAACAACAAUGGCGCCAGCCCGAUUAUCAGAUCCGGAAUGGAGAUUCUCUCCGGCGCGCACACAAAGGAUGGCGCGAAUCUGGCCGCCUACAAACCGGGUCUUCCAGGAUUCUCCGGCAAUCCGCUGUGCUGUCCACCGGGUCUCGCGGAAAAUCCAGCCUUCAGGCCGCCCUUUGCCGGCGCGUCGCCCUUCUCGCAUCACGCGGCAGCGCUUUUAUCCGUCGGCUAUCCGUCGACCGGCCCUACCAGCGGUAAUCCGUACUUGAGUUACGCCCGCGUCAAGACCCCGGCCGGCGGUGAGGCCCUGGUGCCAGUUUGCAAGGAUCCCUUUUGCACUGGCUGCCAGUACAGUAUGCACAGCGCGCAGAUCAUGAUGGGCGCGGCGGGCAGCUGUCCGAGCGGUUGUACACAGUGCGACCAUCAGAAGUACGGGCUGGCAAUGGCGUUGUCGUCUUUGGGCCCGAUGCCGCCACCGUCGUUGUCCUAUCCGUCCACACUGGCCGGCGGCCGGCCUUACGUCUGCAACUGGAUGGGCGGCGAGUCGGCAUAUUGCGGCAAACGGUUCGCCACGUCGGAUGAGCUGCUCCAGCAUCUACGUAGCCACACGAGCCUGACCGGCGGCGACCACGCGGCAGCGGCGGCGGCGGCUUCGGCGGCGGCGCUCCUCGGCAAUCCGCAUCCGCUACUGUCACCGUCAACCACUCUUCAUCGCGCGAGCGGUGGCUCCUAUCCGGCUCCGUCGUUGAGCCCGCUGGGUGCCCGAUAUCAUCCCUACGGCAAGCCGCCGACGGGUCCGCUACCGGCCUCGCUCGCGGCCUCGCCGUACAGCGCUUUCAACGCCUUAGGACCGUAUUACUCGCCGUACGCGGUUUACGGACAGCGAAUCGGCGCCGCCGUACAUCCCUAAGCUGGAUAUAUCGCGGAGGGGCAGGGGGAGAGAGAGGGGUACCAUGUGACGACAGUAGAAUCUUUCGGAGGGAGCUCUUCUCGUUCUCCUCCCUCCUACUCCUCCCUGUUCUUUUUCUCUCAGUGUACAGUUGCAGAAUGUGUGCAAAAAUGAUGAAUACGCGAACUUAUACGAUAAGCUGCUGUCUGAGACUGUUGUGUAAAUAGCCACUGUGUACAAUACAGAUUUAUUUAAAAGAAUUCUAUAUAUAUGUAUAUAUAAAUAUAAAUAUAUGUGUACAUUGAAGAUUAUGAUUAAAGUUUAUGAAACAAAACUCGACACAGUGUUAACGUUGCAUCGCGAGACCACACUCUCUCGCGGAAUCUUCUAUGGUACGAGUAAUACGCAUCUCUAUUAAAAUCCGGUUACCAUGUAGGGGGAAGGAUAAGGAUUACGUGCCAGGUGUAAGUUAAUAUUGUCGCAACUGCUGGAAAACGAAAAUACAAAAAAGCCUCGCGCGUUUUACGCGGGAUUCAAGAACAUUUCCCGAUUUUGCGCUCCUGUAUCUCGUAUUAUUCGAGAUUUUUCGACGGUCGCGCGACAAUGGUAGCCUCCCCCCUCCUCCCCCUCUCCCCCCCCCCCUCAACGAGGGCUUCGUUAUCAUAAAACGUCAUCCUCGCGUUUUACAGGCGUUUUCAUUCGGUUAUUCGGACGGUUGUACGGACGUAUGAUGAUGACGCUCUGUGAGGAUUGCAAAGUGCGUAAUGCUGCUAUUAUGUAUGUUUUUCCCGACGCUCCGGCGCGCAACGCGCGCGAGCCUUCUUCGUUGCUAAAAUGCGUUCGAUAGCGCGCGAUCGCGCCCAUAAUUCUAUGUCCACGAUAUAACUGUGAUAUUACGCUACUCUUUUGAGAAAACGAACGAACGAGAAAGGGAUAUUAUUAACGAACUUGUCUAGAAAACGUGUCUCUCCGAGGUAAAGAUAGAAAGAUGGUUGUAAUUUAUCAUCGCUAAUUGUGUGUAAAGGCACACAAGUGCCGAGUGUCGUUGCAGAAAACGAAAAUAAAAUUGAUCCGCAAAGAAUCUGUUUUAUCGUUUUCUUUUCGAAAUUCGAUGACGACGCAGAGGGAUGAUUCUCUCGGUCUAUAUCGGGGAACGUAUCGGAUCGCAUCGUAACGUCACAUUGUCGUUUCGCAUUGUCGAAAUAAAAUAUAUUCUAAUAAAAGAAGAAGAACAACAGUGGUGUUGUACGAUACGCAUUGUAAAUAUCUCUUGUAAAUAUCGUUGAGUUUCCAUAUCGCUUUAAUAAAAACAAUGUUUGUAGAAUUAUUUAA